AUGAAGUGCUCUCCAUUUCUCCUGAACGCAACAUUACGUCACCACAUUACGAAUUACUAUUAUGAUGACCCUAGCUUUGCAGAAAGGAUUCUUUCUGAGCUUUACGUUGAUGAUUGGUCAGGAGGAGGAGAAUCCACAGAUGAUGCAUAUAUAAUGUAUCGACAGAUGAAAUCUUGUUUCGCAGCGGGCAAUUUUAAUCUGCGGAAAUGGGCUACCAAUAGUCCAGUAUUGAUGGCUCAGAUUCAGAAUGAUGAGGAAGUAUUAAAGUCACUAACCACAGAGCAUUUGAACAACACCGGUGAAAGUUCAUAUGCUAAAGAGUCGAUUGGCGGUCUGGAAGAAAUAGAAACCCCGAAGGAACAUAAGGUACUUGGGAUGAAUUGGGAUACUGACAGUGAUACUUUUGUUUUAAAGUUAACAAAAGUUGUUCAAUUUGCAAGAAAUUUAGAGCCGUCAAAACGGAACGUUUUAAAGAUAGCAGCAAAACUGUUUGAUCCACUCGGACUUCUCUCGCCAGUUACUGUCUUGCUGAGAAUGCUUCUACAAGAAUUGUGUGCAGCUAAGUAUGAAUGGGAUGCAGUCAUAUCAGAAUCCAAUCAGAAGGUGCUCGAGAAAUGGAUUGAUGAUUUAGAGACGGUGAGUUCUAUAGUUGUACCUAGAUAUUACUUUUUGGCAGAGGAGAGGAAUCCUGAAAGUGUGACUCUUCACGGAUUUGGAGAUGCUUCCCAAAAAGCUUGUUGUGCUGUCAUUUAUAUAUGCAUGGAAACAGACAGUGGCCGCACAACAAAUCUUGUUGCCUCGAAAAGUAGAGUCACCCCAUUAGCACCAAUGUCUACCCCUCGACUUGAGUUAAUAGCAGCAUUGAUAUUAGCACGUCUCAU